AUGUGUCGCGCAUUUAAAGGUCCAGCACUUGAUGUCUUAUGGAGGAAUUUGCCAUCCAUAGAGCCGUUCGUCAGCUGUCUACCAACCCAUAUCUGGGGCUUCAGUCUCCGAGGAGAACUGAUACUGCUUAAGCCCAUCGAUACCAAGGCCUGGGCCACUUUUGAUAAAUAUGCGUCGCGCGUGCGCUCGAUCACACAAACUCGAGAUCCAACGCCCAUUAUUGAACAUCUUCGUAUACUAAUGUUGUCUUACCCUGAUCCAGCCUCGACCAUGUUUUCAAAUCUUCGAAGUUUGACUUGGAAUGACAAUCAAUCACACCUCGCUAUCGAGUUCUUGCGUGUGGCAUGUGUGCCUUCCCUGAUUCCCUUGGAUCUUCGCAUUACCUCAUUUUCGCCGGCCUUGAUAUCCAUCCUGUCCACUAUCGGGACCACAUGUCCUAAUCUCACCUCCUUUCGACCUCAAAUAGAUUUCCCGACGUUGAACAGUUGCUAUGUGCCCUCCCUGACACAGGCGAUAUGCCAGCUCCAUAAUCUUUCCACCUUGGCUGUGUGCGAGUUAGACGAUCCAGGGAUGGAGUACGUUACGCAGCUAAAGUCUCUGAAGACACUUUGGCUUCACAUAGCACCCCGACGCAAGGGGUCCUCACCACAAUCACUUGGUCUUGAACAUCUGGAUUGCUUGGUCCUUCAAGGUCUCAGACUCAACCAUAUAACAGACUUCUUAUGUUAUCUCCGGACCGUACAAACCAAACAUUUUACCACCGUCUUUUCUGGUAAUGCGUUCGGACAGCAACCCGAUUCUAUGUUCGAGUUCUGCGGCAUGCUCCUAGAAAGAUGUGACAACGACACUCUCGAGACCAUAACACUCUGCGAACAGUUUCACAACGCCUUUCACAGUGUAUCUGCGCAACCAAGCGACUUCAGCCCACUGCGACUUUUUCACAAUUUAACCCAUGUCAAUGUCAAGGCAGCAUGUAUCAUCUCGAUCUCUGAUGACGAACUAAGCGAGCUGGUAGAACCAUGGCCUAAGCUCAAAACUUUCAGACUCAGUUAUUAUCACAACCCCAACAGUACUUUGCUGCCUACCUUCCAUGGACUCAUCAACGUGCUUCGGCGUUGCCCUGAAUUGGUUUCUCUCUAUCUUGUCGUCGAUACCACGCAGCUUGAUGGUAUAGACGUCAAAUCCCCCGGCAAUGGUAUUCGUAAUGAUGGUCUGCAAGAGCUUGUGCUUGGCAACUCGCCGAUCAGCUCUCCAUUGUAUGUGGCUCUUGUCCUCAGCAGCCUCUUCCCUAAUCUGGCGGAAGUGAAUCUUGCCCCUUGGCUUAGUGGCCUACUACGUAAAUUUUCUAGCAAAGUACAGGUGAUGGAGCAAUGGAAGUCAGUCAAUCGUUUACUUGGCGGCUUUCGCACUGUGAGGACACGACAUUUGGGACCAUGA